AUGGCACGCAACGUCUGCAUCACAGCCGCCGAGGGCCAAACCGGCUUCCUCAUCGCCGAGCUCCUGCUCAAGCACCCCUUUUCGCGCAAAGUCGACUCGGUGACGGCCCUCACCAUGGACCCGACCUCGGACCGCGUCAAGGCGCUCGAAUCGCUCGGCGCCACGGUCGCGCACCACAAGCCCGGCCGCGAGCGCACCGUCGUGCAGACGCUCCAGAAGACGGGCUGCGACACGCUGUGCCUCAUCCCGCCGGCGAACGACACCAAGGUCGACAUUGCCGCCGAGCUGACCCGCGCCGCGCGCAAGGCCGGCGUCGCCAACGUGUGCCUCAUCAGCUCGGUCGGCUGCGACUAUGCCGACGAGAAGAGGCAGCCGAGGCUGCGCGAGUUCAUUGAGCUCGAGAGCCUGGUGCUCGCCAACAAGGGCGAUUCGUCUGCCCAGCUGGGCCACUCGCCUGUUGUCAUUAGGGCUGGUUUUUACGCGGAGAAUCUCUUGCUCUACGCUCCGCAGGCGCAGAGUGAGGGCAUACUCCCGCUGCCCAUUGGCGAGAACCACAAGUUCGCCCCCGUGGCUCUGGGUGAUGUUGCCAAUGUUGCCGCUCAUGUGCUCAGCGGCAAGGGCGAGCACGGGUUCGACGACAAGCAUCGUGGGCAGAUGAUGGUUGUCACGGGUCCCAUGCUCUGCGCCGGUAAGGAGCUGGCCACGGCAGCUUCCGAGGCUCUCGGGACGCAGAUUGAAUUUGAGAACAUCUCCCAAGCCGAAGCCAAAAAGGUGCUGCGAGCCCAGUCUGAGAGCGACAACGCCGAACAGCAGUACAUACUCGAAUACUACAGCCUCGUGCGAGAGGGCAAGACAAACUAUAUCAGCACGACGGCGUUCCACGACGUCACGGGAACCCACCCCACCGAGCCGACUGAAUUCUUCAAGAUGUACUCGGGGGAGUUCAAGACGGCCAAGCGUGUGAAGCGGAGUCACUGA